AUGGAAUACAUCGCAGCGCUUCAGUCGCCGGUAGACGACCUCAAGCCGUCUCUGUUCGAACUGCUCUCCGAACAACAGCUCGCGGCCCUCCUGCCCCCGACACUUCGCUAUCUCCUUGCUCUGGCCACACAUCGACACCCUCGGUAUCUCCUCCGAAUCCUCAACAAUUUCGACGAAGUGUACGCCCUGUUAAGUCUCGUGGUGGAGCGGUAUUACCUCAAAACCUUUGGAGGCAGUUUCACGGAGAAUUUUUAUGGCCUGAAGAGAGAAAAGGUGCUGAGCAUCAGAGAUGGGGAAAUCAAGAGGACACAACUGGCCGUGCCGGCAGAAGUACGCGAACGACUCAAGUUGGGCGGUCGAGACAUCUGGAAGAACCUCGCCGUGCUGGUCGGUAUACCAUAUUUGAAGAGAAAACUGGACGAGAGUUAUGAUAUACAUAUUGCGCCCAGUGCGAGCUUGCUCAUGGGCGGUGGAGGUGGUCUAGGGGGACGCCGAUAUCUCGAUCGCGACGCAUUACCACCCAACCCGACCUUCAAGCAGAGGCUGUUAUACUAUUACAAAUGGUUUUUGCGGAACGUCUAUCCUAGUCUGAACGCGGCCUACUAUUUCAGCAUUCUUGCUUUCAGUCUGGGGUACUUGUUUGACGGGACCAAGUAUCCGAAUCCUUUUCUGUGGUUGAUUGGCACCCGAAUCAGAAGGAUGGGGUCGGCCGACUAUGGAGCGAUUGAUGCGGCUAAAGAGGCUGCUGAGAAAGCAGCAAAGGCCGCGGGAAGACCAGGACAAGGCUUGAGUGGCUUGCUCAAUCCGCGGACGUUGUACACUCAACUUCUGUCGAGUCUCAGGCUCCUUUUGCCCACGAGUAUCUUUGCAUUGAAGUUUUUGGAGUGGUGGCAUGCGAGUGACUUCUCGCGUCAAUUGAGCAGAAAGGCUUCUGAAGGACUGGAACUCCCGCCUCCCAUUGUUUCAGGCAUGGAUUUGGCCCGGAUGCCAGUUUCAGAACAACAGCAACAACAGGGCGUUCCCGCUUCAACCCCAUCUGCCAACAGCGCAGUGAAGCGAAACCCGCCCGUAUCCAGCAUCACCUUCCUUCCUAUCUUCACUGUCCCGCCGCCUCCGUCGAGCGACCUUUGCCCUAUCUGUCUUCAUCCUGUCUCCACUGCCGCGGCCUGUCAGACAGGAUAUGUGUUCGACUACAAGUGUAUCUUUCAAUGGAUAGAGGGCACGCACGAACGGCAAGAGGCUUUCAUGAGAGGCGAGAAGAUGAGUGAGUGGGAGGACGACGCUGAUGAGGAGAAAGGGAACCAGGACCUGGAAAACUCGGACGACUCGAAUCGUAAGGAACCAAAGAGUCGUGAGGGCUCCUGGGAAAGCGGGAAGGGCCGUUGUGCGGUCACGGGUCGACGUGUCCUUGGUGGCACGAGCGGGUUGCGCAGGAUCAUGGUGUGA